UCCUGUGCCGGACUAAGAGUUGGGCUGGAUGAUCCUUGUGGGCAGAAUAUUCUCUGAUUCUGUGAUUCUUCCAGCGCGCCCGGGGAGGAGCCUAGGAGCCAGGAAAACGAGAGCCUUCGCUUCCAGCGGGCCACCUGCAGGCCGGCUGCCCUCCGCCGAGCGCCGAGCCCGCUCCCGGCCUCCUCGGUAGGAAGCGGAAGGGCCGGCGGGGCCGGGAGCGGGCCGGGACCUGCCGGAACCGCCGACGGGAGCCCCGGAACACCCGCCGGGAACCCCCGGAACACCCAAUGGGCGCGGAGCCCCCCCCGCGGGGCGGGCUGAGGCGGCGGGGCCGGAGCAGAGCGGGGCCGGGCCGGGGCGAUGCUGCUGCGCCUGGUGCCCGAGUUCGAGCUGCGGAGGGACGUGGUGCCCUGGCUGGCGGCGCGGGGCUGGGCCGCGGCUCUAGAUACUUCUGAGAAUUCAUCAGCACUAUAUGUUGUAAAUGUUGAAAGAAAUGGAAAAAUUAUUUAUACCUGGAAGGGAAGUCAGAGAAAUACUCAUAUUGGAUUGUAUGACCUUCAAACUAAACAAAAUGAGCACCUCUAUACAUUUGAGAAGGAUCUGCACAUAAUCAGCUGUUCAGUCAACAAUGAAAGGACAUUAUUAGCUGUCAGCUUCCAUCAAUACACAGAGGACGAAACAGCAAGUCAGCUGUUACAGUCAGGUACUGCAAGUGGGUUGUUUGAAUACUGUUUGAAAUAUCAUACCCUUUUGCUUGCUGUCCCACAUAAUUUCUGUUCAGAAAACAAAAUUGUGUACAUAAAAGAGUGUUAUCUAAAACAUGUCCUUUUUUCAGUAUCCAAGUAUUUAACCCUGCUAAUUGAAAUUCAUCCCAUUAAUAAUGUGAGAGUCCUGAAGGCUGUGGAUAGCUGCGUUCGAGUGCAGUUUCUUUAUCCAGUUGAAGACAGAAAUGCUUCUACAGAAAGUCGCCUUUUGCUAGUUUCAGAAGAUAAAUAUAUCGAACAGUUUGACAUUCGUGUUGUUGCAGAAGAACAUAAAGUGGUGAUUCAAAAGUCAGGUCAACUUCCAAGAGCCAAAGUUGCAGAUGAUCUCGUUUGGGCACAGUGGGAUAUGAUGGAACAGAGGCUUUUCUACAUUGUUCCAAAGGAAUCAAAGAGUGCUUUAAGGUGUGUCCAGUUUUAUCCUGAUGAACAUUUUAACGCAAUACUGGAAUCACACCUGGAUAUUUCUGUAAAUGACACACAAUUGAAACUUGUGAAUUUUGGAUAUGAUUGCUGUCAAGACCAAGAUGUUGCAUCUAGAUCUUUGAACCUUCAGGUUUUUACAAGUAAAGCAGGAGGCUUGUGUGUGUGUUGUAGUCUAGCCUCUGAUACUCCUGAUGAAAUCAUGUACUCCAUAUAUUUUUUACAUAAAGGUUACAACAAAACUUUUACGGUUUCUCUAGAAAGAACAGAAUCUCAUCAAUUGAAGGAAGUGGCUUUUAUGAAUCUUGACUAUUAUGUGGCUGCUUAUUUGCCUGGCCAGUUCCUGCACCUCCUGAAUAUCCGACAUCCUGACCUGCUGUGCCAUAGUUUAUUUCUGACAGGUGAGGAUGCAAGAAUUGACACGUUACAAAACUGUUCCAUCCGAUCCCCACUCGUGUCAACAGUUUUGGAUUGCAAAGCAGGGAGUCUGUAUGCUGUGAGCAUCAGUGACAGUACCUUGCUGCAGCUCCUACAGAGGAGCAAACGAGACAGUGAGAGAUUGGCAGCUCUGCAUUGUGCCCUGCUCUACUUCCAGCACACAGAAGAUUUGGAAAUGCAGAUUAUUCGGUGGAUUUCUGAGAACAUGUCGACAUGUCAUUCUUUUGACGCCAUUCAAGAAUUUAUCAUUGCCUCCCUGUACUGCAGAAUGUGUCCAGAAACUCAAAACCUGGAUAAACUUUUGCCCUACACAUCAUUGCUUGACUGGAUUGGGGUUGUCCCUGGAGUAAUAUGUGCAACAGACAUUAUUUCCCUACCUGUGUUAGAGUUCCAAAACCCCAAAGGCUUCUGGGAGAAACUCAACUCAAACUUGGAGACUGUGAAGUAUGCAGAGCCCCACUUGCACUACCACAAUAAUGUGCUCAGGAGGGAAUGGCGUAGCCUUUCAGAAGAGAGGGAAGAGAGAAGAACCACAGCAUAUUUGAGGAAUAUUUUUGAAAAUGCCAAAAAGGUGCUUUCUCAUCUAGACACUUGGGACUCUGAGGCGAGGCUGGUCCCUCUCUUUGAAGAGGAGGAUUAUCAGCAGCAAUUACUGAUGGGACUGAUGGUUGCUCAGCUAAAGGAUCACCUUAUGAGACAUCUACAGUAUGUAGGAAAAAAAAAGAUUGACCAAAUAGUUUUGGAUUACGUUGCAAACCUGCUGAAUCUGAUACACCGAAUAAUGAAAGAAGUUUGGAGGAGAUACCAGCUUCAUUCCUGUGUCUUCUGCUUUGAUGAAAGAGGAAGUGCAGGAGAGUUUGCGGUGUUCCACAUCAUGAGUCGGAUUCUGGAAGCAGCAAAUGGCAUGUGCAUGCCUUUACCUCCUGGUUUUCACACUCUGCACUUGGGUCUUGGUGUUCGUUGUCUCCCUCUGCACACCCUCCUGCACUACAUUGAUAUUGGAGUCUUGCAAUUGACAGAAACGUGUGUCAGGAAAUUGCUGAAAGAUCUGGAUGACACUGAACAGAAUGAAAAGCUGAAAUUUAGUAUUGUCAUGAGGCUUCCUGAGGCUCUUGGUCAAAAGGUCCGCCAGUUCUGGAAUCAUCCCAUAAAUGCGAAUUUAAUUGCACGGAAAUAUGUUAAGCUUUUGCUCGAGAACCUGGGAAACAGGCAGUGCACCAGGUCUAUCCCUGAGAGAUUCUCAGUCCCUGUGGAGUUUUUGCCACUGAACUACCUGACGAAUAUGUUGACAGAGAUAGAGAAUCAAGGUGUGCAUCCAUAUGAAAAACAAGACCAUGUUAAUGCAAGAUUUGUAGAGGAAGUGGCACUCAAGCACACUAUGACGCUUUUGGGCCUCAAAUAUUCCUGAAACAUUGUGCUUUUGAAGAAGGCUGUCGAACUGUGGUGCUUGUGUAAAAGUAUUCACUUAAAUGCCAUGUUGUGUCCCGAAUCACCUGCAGUUUUGGGUAGCUGCUGGUACUGACAUGAGCUACUCAAAACAGUGUUUGGUCCAACAUACUAAGGUUGAAAUUACUGACUUCUAGAUAAAUCCUACAGAAAUGCAUUUGACAUGAACCCGAGUUUGAAAUAUAUCUAUGGUUUCAUUUGGAAGUGAUCAAGUAGGUGGAACGACAGCGGCUAUCAAAGCACGCUGUGAAAAUUGGUAUUAAUGUCAUGUAUUUUAACAAGACAGUCCUGGAAAAGGCAGUCCAAAACAGAAACAAGAACCAGUAACUGUUUGCUCAGAUGAAUAAAAGGAUGUCUUGGUGUGAUUAUGUAAAGCAGGUAAGAACAACAAAUCAGUUUUAUGUCAGGCAUCAGUAAUGAUGUAUUCUUUCCUUGUAGUGGUCAUCAGUUACUUUAUGGUACUUCUGCCUCUGGAGCUGCAUUGUAAUAUUUUCAGUUUUGUAAUUAACACAAAAUAUCAUCUCCUUAAAGUGCAUGUGAUAGAUUUUGUUGGGGGUUUCUUGUCUGUUGGUUUUGGGUUUUUUUAAAGAUAUGUAUAAAAUAUUGUAAGCAAUACAGGAUAAGAACAAAGCUUUUGAAAUUUAUCUUAACGGUAUCUUGGACAGAGUUUUACAUAAUUCUUUCUUACAACUUCUAGUGUUACAGUUCAAACCUCAGCUUCAGAAAGGAGCUUAGGGAAGCUGUUUUUCCUUUGUUUUCAACUUUUAUUUGUACAUAACUGAGCCAGUAUUGUUUGUUCUUUUGUUUUAAGUUCUGAAUUGUGACAUUAAUUUAAAAUGGUAAUAGUGGUUUGCUAUGCAGAGAAAAUUGUCAAGUUCUGCCAUGCAGGAUUUCUGCAGUCUUUACUGCAUUUUACAACUCUACAAAAUUUCAGCCUAUUAAACUAGAGAAUCUCAUUAACAUUUUGAUAUAUUUUGGAGGUUUUGAAUAAUAACCUCUGAUAUUUUCUCCUAGUAGUUUUCACUGAUGCUUCCUCUUCCUUACCAGUGAAAUAAAAAGAUCUGGUUCUGGGAGUGACUCUACAAGUUCAUGGUCACUCCCUUGUCCUUGCCAUCAGAGAAGCUUUAGCUUUCUCAGUCACUGCAUAGUGGGAUGGAUUAUCUUUCUCAUUAUAAUUCGAAUUUCUCUGGGAAGUGUAAACUCCAGUCCCAGACUGCAGAACUCCAUGUUGGUGUAUAAGUGGUGGCCACUUUGUUCAUAUUAUAUUAAUAACAGGAGAAGAUUUUCUAACCUUUUCUUUUUAAUGAAAUGUAUUACAACAUAUCUUCAGAUGCAAUAAAACUUUACCUGGGAAAAAAA